AUGAUAAAGGAAUUAAUCUGUUUGUGUUUGCUGAUCGGUCUGACCACAAUCGCAGUGGCUGAACACUUUCUCGCAGAUUGCAAAAAAAUUAAAAACGGACGGUAUGCUAUCGGCCACUGUCAAUCACGAUAUUUGAAAUGCUCCGAUGGGUUUCCACAUUUUGGUGACUGUCCAGAAAAGAUGGUUUUCGAUGAAUAUACUAGAAAAUGCGCUAAACGAGCAAAUGUCGAAAGCUGUGAUGGUGAUGAAUUUGAAGAAUUUACCGAAGCCUAUUCUGGAGAACAGGACGAAACGAAAAUGAAGCUCAAAAAUGAAGAAGUGAAAUUAUCGAUAGAUGAUAUGUUUGCAAACGUGUGUGAAGACCUUGAAGAUGGAAAAUAUGCAUCCGGUGUCUGUUCUAUGAACUACUUCACGUGCACCUCGAAAAUUGCUCGGUUUAGAAGUUGCUGGCCGUUUUACUACGAUGCAACUCUUAAAGAAUGCUCAGAAAGAGCUCUCAUCAAAGAUUGCCAAAUUCUGAGGAACGGAACUAAUACACAGAAUUCUGGAAGCAGUUUUGUAAAUGGAGAAUUUCUGAACGGAAAUCGAGCACUUAUGAAAUACUGCGCUUAUCGAAAUGACGGAGAAUAUCCGGUUGAUGAAUGUUCGGAUUUUUUUCUCACCUGCUAUGGAUGGGUGGCUCAAAUCACAAAAUGCUCCGAUCCUCAUGUUUUUGACCCCGAAAAGCGUAUUUGUGAACAUCCAAGUAAUGUAACAAUGUGCGAGUUUCUGAGGAAACCACUCACGAAUUGUGAUGAAGAUGGUUUUUUUGCUGUCGCUGAAUGUUCACCGUUAUUCACUAUCUGCAGAAGAGGAGUUUCUUUCGAUAUGUCUUGCCCCUCGAAUCUCAUGUUUUCUCAAGAAACUGAAUCUUGCGUGGACAGUAUGAAUAUUCGAGAAUGUCCUAAGACUAAUUCUGUUCCAAAUACGAAAUUUAUGGAGCUAUUGGUUUCGACGAUGCAUGAAUUUGAAACGAGCACAGAAACAAAAUCUAAAAUCUGUUAUCCAAACUUUGUUCUCACAAGUCUCAUUCUCCGACAAAAACACGGAUUCGAUCUCAAAUUGGAGAGUUUCAAUACCGAGUGCUUGAGAAAAAUUAUCCGAUAUUCCCUUCAAAGACAUGAGCGUGAUCAACGCGAGAUUGAAGAUAUCACAUCAGUAGUAUUCCUUUUGUCAAUCGUUUUGGGCAUUUUGUUUUUCUUCAUUUUGUUAGCUUGUUUAUGCGGCUCAGCUGAUGUUUAA